AUCCAAGUUGGAAAGUUCAACUACACAAUUGCGAUGCUGCACCUUGGGGGAGGAGAGACCGCAAUCAUCGUCUCCAUUGUCAUCUGCAGCAUCUUGCUGGUCCUCUCUGUCGUAGCUCUCUUUGUGUUUUGCACAAAGAGCCGCAGAGCGGAGCGCUACUGGCAGAAAACCCUGCUCCAGAUGGAGGAGAUGGAGUCGCAGAUCCGGGAGGAAAUCCGCAAAGGUUUUGCGGAACUGCAGACAGACAUGACAGACCUGACCAAGGAGUUAAACCGCAGCCAGGGGAUCCCGUUCCUGGAGUACAAGCACUUUGUCACCCGGACGUUCUUCCCCAAAUGUUCCUCGCUCUACGAGGAGUGCUACAUCCUCCCGUCCCAGCAGCUCAGCUCCCAGGUGGGCUCCCAGGUCCAGGAAACUCAUCCGCUCCUGGCGGGGGAAUGGAAAAUCCCUGAAAACUGCAGACCCAACAUGGAAGAAGGCAUCUCGCUGUUCUCCACCUUACUCAACAACAAGCACUUUCUCAUCGUGUUUGUCCAUGCUCUUGAGCAACAGAAGGACUUUGCUGUUAGAGACAGAUGUAACUUGGCCUCCCUGCUUACUAUUGCGUUGCAUGGGAAACUGGAGUAUUACACCAGCAUCAUGAAGGACCUCUUGGUGGAUCUAAUAGAUGCUUCAGCUUCCAAAAACCCCAAGCUGAUGCUGAGGAGAACGGAAUCUGUGGUAGAGAAGAUGCUCACCAACUGGAUGUCCAUCUGCAUGUACAGCUAUCUCAGAGAGACGGUCGGAGAGCCCUUCUUCCUGUUGAUCUGUGCGAUCAAACAGCAGAUUAACAAAGGUUCCAUCGAUGCCAUUACGGGGAAAGCCAGGUACACGCUCAACGAGGAGUGGCUCCUGAGGGAGAACAUCGAGGCAAAGCCGAGGAACCUCAACGUCUCCUUCCAAGGCUGCGGGAUGGACUCCCUGAGCGUCAGAGCCAUGGACACGGACACGCUCAGCCAAGUGAAGGAGAAGAUUCUGGAGGCCUUCUGCAAGAAUGUCCCCUACUCGCAGUGGCCAAGGGUGGAAGACGUCGACCUUGAGUGGUUCGCCACCAGCACCGACAGCUACAUCCUCCGGGACCUUGAUGACACCUCGGUGGUGGAGGAUGGCAGGAAGAAACUCAACACAUUAGCACAUUACAAGAUCCCCGAAGGGGCGUCACUGGCCAUGAGUUUGUCGGACAAGAAGGACAGCACGCUGAGCAGAGUGAAGGAUUUGGACACCGAGAAGUACUUCCACUUGGUUCUCCCAACUGAUGAAUCAGUUGAACAUAAGAAGUCCCACAGACAGAGCCAUAGGAAGAAAGUUCUACCAGAGAUCUACCUGACCAGGCUGCUCUCCACAAAGGGCACGCUGCAGAAGUUCCUGGACGACUUGUUCAAAGCCAUUCUCAGUAUCCGAGAUGAUAAACCACCUGUGGCCGUGAAGUACUUCUUUGACUUCCUAGAGGAGCAAGCAGAGAAAAGAGGGAUCACAGAUCCUGACACCAUGCACAUCUGGAAGACCAACAGCCUACCUCUGAGGUUUUGGGUCAACAUCCUGAAGAACCCCCAGUUUGUCUUCGACAUUGACAAGACAGACCACAUCGACGCCUGUCUCUCUGUGAUAGCCCAGGCCUUCAUUGACGCCUGCUCCCUGUCUGACCUGCAGCUGGGCAAG